AUGUCAUUUGAAUGUAAUUGCAGAUAUGUUGGAUUCUACAAGGGAGUGCAAAGUGCAGGGGCUGCAGUUGCUUGGCAAGUUGAUUCACACGAAGUUCCAUUGCUUAACCAGUUGAUUGUGAAUUGGUCACUCACUACAGUGAGUUAUCCAUUGCUUGCCAUCCUAGUCAUGCUUGCUGUCAAGGACGAUAAGCAGGAUGAAGAGGCAUCUGUUAACCCUGCAUCUAUGGAUAACAAUAGCAAACCAGUUUAUAAGAGCUGGCAAUUCAAAACCAAUGAAAUCUUCUCUAAUUUUGAGCAAAUGAAAAUUCAGGUUUCGCAGAGCAAGAAGAAUUUUCGUGCUAGCUUGUAA